CUCGCUCUGUGUCCCCUCCCCUCUCCCAAACAGGGCAAUUCCCUAACUUUUCUCCUUUUUCUCACAAGGCUAUAGUCAAUAUUCCAUUCCGGGGCACAGAUCCUCCCUCAAAUUCCGACUCUGGGCGCCUCGACGCAGAGACACUCCAACCGUUGCAAGGCCCUACUGCACCAGGACUUGGUCUGGGUCCAGAUCCCUUUGCUCAGCCUGGGUCCAUACUGUGGAAGGAGACUCAGAGUGCGGUCGGAGGAAUAGCCAGAGCAACCAAUGGGAUCAGGGAAGCAGGCUCAGGUGCUGCUGGGAUGGGUGGCCGCGUGUCUGGCGUCGGUCCACGUGGCGGGCGCUGAGACCGGGAAUGGACCGUACCAGACCAGCCGCUUCACCAGCACCGUGGACCAGAGAGAGGUGCAGCGGGUCCGACGCCGGGGCCAGGAGACGCUGAGAGGACCCAACGUGUGUGGCUCUCGCUUCCAUUCAUACUGCUGUCCAGGCUGGAAGACUCUGCCUGGAGGGAACCAGUGCAUCGUCCCCAUCUGCAGGAACACCUGCGGCGAUGGCUUCUGCUCCAGACCAAACAUGUGUACCUGCUCCAAUGGCCAGCUCUCUCCCAGCUGUGGAGCAGGAGCGGGAGCAGGAAUUCAGUCCUGCAACGUCAGGUGCAUGAACGGAGGCAGCUGCGCCGAGGACUCCUGCUUCUGCACGAAGGGCUACACAGGCAACCACUGUGGACAGCCCGUGUGUGAGAACGGCUGCCAGAACGGUGGGCGCUGCAUCGGGCCCAACAGAUGUGCCUGUGUCUACGGUUUCACUGGCCCGCAGUGCGAGAGAGACUACAGGACUGGGCCGUGUUUCACGCAGGUGAACAACCAGAUGUGCCAGGGCCAACUCAGCGGCAUCGUCUGCACCAAGACCCUGUGCUGCGCCACCAUCGGCCGCGCGUGGGGCCACCCCUGCGAGCAGUGCCCCGCCCAGCCGCACCCCUGCAGACGAGGCUUCAUCCCCAACAUCCGCACCGGGGCCUGUCAAGAUGUGGACGAGUGCGAGGCCGUGCCGGGUCUGUGUUCAGGAGGCAACUGCAUCAACACUGUGGGAUCCUAUGAAUGUAAAUGCCCCGCUGGACACCGACAGAGCGAAACCAGCCACAAAUGUGAAGACGUCGACGAGUGCGGCACCAUUUCCGGCGUGUGUGACGGUGGGGAAUGCACCAACACCGCUGGGAGCUACGUGUGCACCUGUCCACGCGGCUACAUCUCCAGCACCGACGGCUCCAGAUGUGUGGACCAGCGUGUGGGCUCCUGCUUCUCUGCGCUGGCUAAUGGCCGCUGUUCUGGUCAGCUGAGUGUUCAGUUCACCAAGAUGCAGUGCUGCUGUGAAACAGGACGCUGCUGGGCGCUGGGGCAGCUCCCCGAGAUGUGUCCUGUGAGGGGUUCUGAUGAAUUCAGGCGUCUGUGUAUUGUGGGUGUUCCCCAGGCACAUGGUUUCCCUAACGGUUACCCCAAUGGACAUGGCAACGGGUUCAACUACGGUCCUAAGUUCCCCCCUAAUGGUAACGGUAACGGUAACGGAGGCUACGGUGGAAACGGUGGAAACGGUGGAGGGAACUUUGGUGGGAACACAGGGGGCUUUGGCGGCAACGGAGGAAGCCUUAUGACCCAUCAAAUAGGGACUGUGACUGUGAACGACACCAUUGACGUGUGCAAACACUUCACCAACCUGUGUCUGAACGGACGCUGCAUCCCCACCCCCCUGAGCUACCGCUGCGAAUGCAACAUGGGCUACAGGCAGGAUGUGCGCGGACUGUGCAUCGAUGUGGAUGAGUGUGUGAGUAAUCCGUGUAUCAACGGAGACUGUGUCAACACACCUGGAUCAUACAACUGCAAGUGCCACGAGGGCUACCAGGGAACACCUACCAAACAGGCCUGCAUCGAUAUCGAUGAAUGCAUUGUGAAUGGAGUGAUGUGUCGCAACGGCCGCUGUGUCAACACGGAGGGAAGCUUCCAGUGUAUAUGCAACGCGGGGUUCGAGCUCACACCUGAUGGAAAGAACUGCAUUGAUCACGACGAAUGCGCCACCACCAACAUGUGUCUGAACGGCAUGUGCAUCAACGAGGACGGCAGCUUCAAGUGCAUCUGCAAGCCUGGCUUCGCGCUAGCGCCUAACGGACGCUACUGCACUGAUAUUAACGAGUGCCAGACAUCCGGAAUCUGCAUGAACGGCCGCUGCAUCAACUCCGAGGGCUCGUUCCGCUGCGAGUGCCCGACGGGCCUGGCCAUCGACAUGGACGGGAGGGUGUGCGUGGACACGCACAUGAGGACCACCUGCUACGGCGCCAUAAAGAUGGGCACCUGCUCGCGUCCGUUUCCCGGAGCCGUGACCAGGUCUGAGUGCUGCUGUUUCAAUCCCGAACACGGUUUCGGGGAACCCUGCCAACCGUGCCCGUCCAGAAACUCAGCUGAGUUUCAGGCCGUGUGCAGCAGCGGCAUUGGGAUCACAACUGAUGGCAGAGACAUUAAUGAGUGUGCACUGGACCCAGACAUUUGCCAGAACGGCAUUUGUGAGAACCUGAGGGGAAGCUAUCGCUGCAGCUGUAACCUUGGCUACGAGUCCGACACCAGUGGCAAAAACUGUGUUGACAUCAACGAGUGUGCGGUGAACCUUCUGCUCUGUGACAACGGCCUCUGCAGAAACACUCCGGGCUCCUACACCUGCUCUUGUCCCAAAGGCUUUGUCUUCAAGCCCGAGUCAGAGACGUGCGAAGAUAUCGAUGAGUGCAAGUCCAACCCGUGCAUCAAUGGGCAGUGUCGCAACGUGAUCGGCUCCUUCAACUGUGAAUGCAGCCACGGCAGCAAGCUGGACUCCACCAACACCAUCUGCGUGGACAGCAUGAAGAGCACGUGCUGGCUGACGAUGCAGGACAACCGCUGCGAGGUCAACAUCAACGGGGCCACGCUGAAGUCCGAGUGCUGCUCCACGCUGGGGGUGGCCUGGGGCAGCCCCUGCGACCGCUGCGAGAUCGACACGGCCUGCUCGCGGGGCUUCGCUCGGAUGAAGGGCCUCGUCUGCGAAGACAUUAAUGAGUGUGAGGUCUUCCCCGGAGUGUGUUCCAACGGCCUGUGCGUGAACACUCAGGGCUCGUUCCGCUGCGAGUGCCCGAACGGGCUCACCCUCGACAGCACCGGGCGCACCUGUGUCGACAUGCGCAGCGAGCAGUGCUACAUGAAGUGGCACGAGGAUGAGUGUGGGGCGCCGCUGCCGGGGAGGUACCGCGUGGACAUGUGCUGCUGCUCAGUGGGCGCCGCCUGGGGGAUAGACUGCGAGGAGUGUCCCAAAGCGGGCACGCCCGAGUACAAGACCAUCUGCCCAAGAGGCCCCGGCAUCGCCAACCGAGGAGACAUCCUGACCGGCAGGCCCUUCUACAAAGACGUCAACGAGUGUAAGGUCUUCCCGGGUCUGUGCACGUACGGAACCUGCCGAAACACCAUCGGCAGUUUCAAGUGUCGCUGCAACAACGGCUUCGCUCUCACGGCUGAAGAGAGGAACUGCACAGACAUCGACGAGUGCCGGAUCUCCCCCGACCUGUGUGGCCAGGGCGCCUGCGUCAACACGCCGGGCAGCUUUGAGUGCGAAUGCUUCGAGGGCUACGAGAGCGGCUUCAUGAUGAUGAAGAACUGCAUGGACAUUGACGAGUGUGAGAGGAACCCGCUGCUAUGUCACGGAGGAACCUGCCUCAACACCGAGGGCAGCUAUGAGUGUGAAUGUCCCACGGGAUACACCCUCAGCCCAGAUGGUUCUGUCUGUGAAGAUCUGAACGAGUGCCAGCUCAGUGACAACCUGUGCAGGAACGGCCAGUGUGUCAACAUGCCUGGAACCUACCAGUGCUCCUGCAACACGGGCUACCAGGCCACGCCCGACCGGCAGGGCUGCGUUGAUAUCGACGAGUGCACCAUCAUGAACGGGGGCUGCGAGACGCACUGUACCAACUCGGAGGGCAGCUACGAGUGCAGCUGCAGCGAGGGCUACGCGCUCAUGCCCGACCUCAGGACCUGUUCAGAUAUUGAUGAGUGUGAGGACACUCCAGACAUCUGUGAUGGAGGCCAGUGCACCAACAUUCCUGGGGAAUAUCGCUGUCUGUGCUACGAUGGCUUCAUGGCCUCCAUAGACAUGAGGACCUGUAUAGAUGUGAACGAGUGUGAUUUGAAUCAGAACAUCUGUCUCCACGGCGACUGCGAGAACACCAAAGGCUCCUUCAUCUGCCACUGUCAGUUGGGCUACUUUGUCAAGAAGGGAUCCACUGGCUGCACAGAUAUCGAUGAGUGUGAGAUUGGAGCUCAUAACUGCGACAUGCACUCCGCCUGCAUCAACGUUCCCGGGAGCUUCAAAUGCCGCUGUCGGGACGGCUGGGUGGGUGACGGCAUCAAGUGUGUGGAUCAUGACGAAUGCUCCGCGGAGGACCACAACUGUAACCCCAACGCCGACUGUGUCAACACACCGGGGUCCUACAGGUGCACGUGCAAAGAGGGCUUCAACGGGGACGGCUUCUCGUGCUCUGACAUGGACGAGUGCGCCGACAACGUGAACCUGUGCGAGAACGGCCAGUGUCUGAACGCCCCCGGCGGCUACCGCUGCGAGUGUGAGAUGGGCUUCACCCCAACGGACGACAGCAAGGCCUGCCAAGACAUCGACGAGUGUAACUUCCAGAACAUCUGUGUGUUCGGAACCUGCCAGAACCUCCCAGGGAUGUUCCGCUGCGUGUGCGACGAUGGCUACGAGCUGGACCGCAGCGGGGGAAACUGCACCGACAUCAACGAGUGCGCCGACCCCGUGACCUGCAUCAACGGCCUGUGCGUGAACACUCCAGGCAGCUACCUGUGCAACUGCCCCGCCGACUUCGAGCUCAAUCCCACUGGAGUCGGGUGUGUGGACACCCGCGUUGGCAACUGUUUCCUGGACAUCCUGAACCGCGGCGACGGGGGAAUCUCCUGCAGCGCAGAGAUCGGCGUGGGCGUGACCCGAGCCUCCUGCUGCUGCUCCCUGGGAGGAGCCUGGGGGAACCCUUGUGAACUGUGCCCUGCGCCCAACUCCACCGAAUACAAGACUCUUUGUCCAGGAGGGGAGGGGUUCAGACCUAAUCCCAUCACUGUUAUCCUGGAAGACAUUGAUGAGUGCCAGGAGCUGCCAGGUCUCUGCCAGGGGGGGAGCUGCAUCAACACCUUUGGCAGCUUCCAGUGUGAUUGUCCACCAGGCUACUAUCUCAACGAGGAGACUCGCAUCUGUGAGGACAUUGAUGAGUGCUCGUCUCACAUCGGCAUCUGUGGACCCGGCACCUGCUACAACACUCUGGGCAACUACACCUGCGUGUGUCCACCCGAAUACAUGCAGGUCAACGGAGGAAACAACUGCAUGGACAUGAGGAAGAGCGUGUGUUAUCGGAACUUCAAUAACACGUGUGAGAACGAGCUGUCCUUCAACAUGACCAAGAAGAUGUGCUGCUGUGCCUAUAAUGUGGGGAAGGCCUGGAAUAAGCCAUGCGAGGCCUGCCCCACCCCCGCUACCUCUGACUACCAGUUACUGUGUGGUAACCAGGCUCCUGGCUUCAUCAUUGACAUCCACACGGGCAAGCCGAUAGACAUUGACGAGUGCAGGGAGAUCCCAGGCAUCUGUGCCAAUGGAGUGUGUAUCAACCAGAUUGGGAGCUUCCGUUGUGAAUGUCCCAUGGGCUUCAGCUACAACAACAUACUGCUCAUCUGCGAAGACAUCGACGAGUGUAACAGCGGGGACAACCUGUGUCAGCGUAAUGCCAACUGCAUCAACAUACCGGGCAGCUACCGCUGCGAGUGCUCGCCCGGCUUCAAACUGUCUCCCAGCGGGGCUUGUUUGGACCGUAACGAGUGCCAGGAGAUUCCGAACGUCUGCAGCCACGGAGAGUGCAUAGACACGCAGGGAAGUUAUCGCUGCCUCUGCUACAACGGCUUCAAGGCCACGUCCGACCAGACCAUGUGCAUGGACAUCGACGAGUGUGACAGGCAGCCGUGCGGCAACGGUACCUGUAAAAACACCGUUGGAUCCUACAACUGCCUCUGCCACCCUGGCUUUGAGCUCACGCACAACAACGACUGCAUGGACAUUGACGAGUGCAGCGUCUUCCAGGGCCAAGUGUGCAGGAAUGGACAGUGUAUCAAUGAACUUGGCUCAUUCCUGUGUCUCUGCCAUGAGGGAUAUGAGAGUAUGCCGGAUGGGAAGAACUGUGUUGACAUCAAUGAGUGUCUGAGCCUGCCCGGCACUUGCUCUCCGGGAACUUGUCAGAACAUGGACGGGUCCUUCAGAUGCAUUUGUCCUCUUGGCUACGAGGUGAAAAAUGACCAGUGUAUAGACAUCAACGAGUGUGAGCUGGAAUCCAACAAGUGUCAGUUCGGUACUUGCACCAACACCCCCGGCAGCUUCCAGUGCUCGUGCCCACCAGGCUUUGUUCUGUCUGAAAGCAAGCAGCACUGUUACGAUACCAGAGAGAGCUUCUGUUUCACUAAAUUCGAAGCCGGCAAAUGCUCCGUGCCCAAGGCCUUCAACACGACCAAGGCCAAGUGCUGCUGCAGCAAGAUGCCUGGAGAGGGCUGGGGGCUUCCGUGUGAGCUGUGUCCGCGAGAGUCCGAUAUUCCAGAUGCAUUCAAGGCUCUGUGCCCCUACGGCCACGGGAUCGUAAUUGGACCAGACGAUGGUCGUGAAGAUAUGAAUGAGUGUCUGGAAAACCCAGGCAUCUGCCAGAACGGAAUCUGCAUCAACACCGAUGGCUCCUUCCGCUGUGAAUGUCCCUUUGGGUACAACCUGGAUUACACUGGGGUCAACUGUGUUGAUGCCGACGAGUGCUCCAUAGGAAACCCAUGUGGAAAUGGAAACUGCACCAAUGUGGUGGGAGGUUUUGAGUGCUCGUGCCAGGAGGGCUUCGAACCCGGUCCCAUGAUGACUUGUGAAGAUAUCAACGAGUGCUCCCAGAAUCCUUUGCUUUGUGCUUUCCGUUGUGUCAACACCUUUGGCUCCUAUGAGUGUAUGUGUCCCGCUGGGUAUGUGCUGCGAGACGACCAGCGCAUGUGCAGAGAUCAGGACGAGUGCACAGAGGGUCUGGAUGACUGUGACUCCAAGGGUAUGACCUGUAAGAACCUGAUUGGCACCUUCAUGUGCAUCUGCCCUCCUGGCAUGCAGCGCCGUCCAGAUGGAGAAGGAUGCAUGGACCUGAACGAGUGCCGGGCCAAACCUGGAAUCUGUAAGAAUGGCCGAUGCGUCAACACCGAGGGAAGCUACCGCUGCGAGUGCAACGACGGCUUUGAGCCGAGCUCCACUGGAACUGAAUGCAUCGACAACCGAAAAGGCUUCUGCUACACGGAGGUCCUGCAGACAAUGUGCCAGCAGCUGUCCACCAACAGGAACAGCGUGACCAAGUCUGAGUGCUGCUGCAACGCCGGGCGCGGGUGGGGAACCCAGUGCGAGCUGUGCCCCCUGCCCGGCACGCUGCAGUACAAGAGGAUGUGUCCACUGGGACCCGGCUACACCACCGACGGCAGAGACAUCAACGAGUGCCAGGUGAUGCCCGAGCUGUGCAAGAACGGCCAGUGCGUCAACACCAUCGGGUCGUUCCGCUGCCACUGUAACGUGGGCUUCAAAACCGACUUCACCGCAACCGCCUGCGUUGAUAUGGACGAGUGCGCUCUGUCUCCGAAGCCGUGCAACUUCCUGUGUAAAAACACGGAGGGCAGCUACCUGUGCUCCUGCCCCAGAGGAUACACCCUGCAGCCCGAUGGAAAGACUUGCAAAGAUCUGGACGAGUGCUCAACCAAGCAGCACAACUGCCAGUUCCUCUGCGUUAACACCAUCGGAGGCUUCACCUGCAAGUGCCCCGGCGGCUUCACGCAGCACCAGACCGCCUGCAUCGAUAAUAACGAGUGCACGGGUCAGAGCAGUCCGUGCGGUUCCCGGGCCUCCUGCGUCAACACGCCCGGCAGCUUCAACUGCGAAUGCUCUAAAGGUUUCUCUCUGGACACCACGGGCAUCGAGUGUGAAGAUGUGGAUGAGUGCAGCAACAACCACCGCUGUCAGCACGGCUGUCAGAACAUGCUGGGAGGCUACCGCUGUGGCUGCCCUCAGGGCUACGUGCAGCACUACCAGUGGAACCAGUGCGUGGAUGAAAACGAGUGUCAGGGCAGCACGGUGUGCGGCUCCGCCUCCUGCUACAACACGCUCGGCAGCUUCAAGUGCGUGUGUCCCUCUGGCUUCGACUUCGAGCAGGGCGCCGGCGGCUGCCAGGACGUCAACGAGUGCUCCUCAGGCACCAACCCCUGUAUCUACGGCUGCUCCAAUACGGAUGGAGGCUACCUGUGUGGCUGUCCUGGAGGGUUCUUCAGAGCUGGACAGGGUCACUGUAUAACAGGCUCAGGUUUCCCAAGCCAGUUAGGAGAGGGUGAGGACGACGACAGCCUUUCCCCGGAGGCCUGUUAUGAGUGUAAGAUCAACGGAGGAGGAAAGAAAGGCCGACGCAAGCGCGACGCCGAUGAAAAUGACCUGAACCAGGAGCCGGCAGUGAGCAUGGCCAGUGUGGACACCCAGGACUCCAUCGCCAUGAACUUCUCCCUGGCCUCGCUGUUCAACAAAGAGCCUCUGCUGGAGCUCCUGCCCGCUCUGCAGCCCCUGGAGCAUCACGUGCGCUACGUCAUCACCCACGGCAACGCCCAGGAACACUUCCGCCUGCUGGAGCGCCGCGACGGGAAGAGCGUGCUCCGGCUAGGCAAGAGGCCGCCCCCGGCCGGGACCUACCGGCUGCAGAUCGCCAGCCUGCCGCUGUUCGGGCCCCGGAGACUACACCAGCUGGAGCAUCAGCAUGACAGUGACUACCUACAAGGGGAAAUUGGAGACGCCCUGCGCAUCAAGCUCCACAUCCACCUGCACUGAGCUCAGAGAGUGCCCCCGAUCCUGCCCGGGACUGAUUUCCAAAGCCUUUGAGUUUUAACCUUCCCUUUUAUCUAAUAACCCCCCCUCCCCCUGCCACCAGCAGCGGGUCAUCAAGGGGCUACGAAAGACUGAGUCAAUCAGCCCAACUCUGCCACCAUUUUGUUACAGUUUAUGUUAUUAAAUGUUCAUGUUUUGUGUUUUGUUUUGUUUUUUUAUUUUUUUUAUACCUUAUCAACACUCCGUCUUCUAUCUGACCCAGCACUCGUUCUCUGACAGAUCCAGUGAAGGAGACGCCAGAGAGGAGUCUCGUGCUUGGACCGCGUCACCACAUAAACACAAAGUAGCAAACAGAUUCUCUUGUGGCCUGAACUACCUUUGUCCAACGUGUCGCCGCCUUCAUGUAGUGUUAAAGGAAGUGAUCUGGAUACAGGUUACUGGUCAUCAUGGUCCAAGGACUCCGUCGCCUCUCUGUCACCGUCCCAAAACUCCCAACGCUGGUGAAUAGGAUUAGUCACAUCUGCCCCUGUCCGUGUUGUGGUGCGUCAUGUAAUGUAUUGGUGCUGUUUGAAACAUGUUAUCACAAAAGGACAACAUGCAACAUUUACACAGCAUUUCAGGUUCUUUAGUACAUAUCGGUCCGUUUCGUAGCUGGAUGCCAACCAAUCAUCAGAAGCCAUGUUCCACUCUGAUGUGACUGACUUCUGUCAAGCAGGGAUUAGCGUGUUUGCUGCGUGUGCGUGCUGUCAUGCUUGGUUACCUCAGUACUCCUCAGCGAGCGUGGGCGCCAUGCCGUGAUGCUGACCGUAGAACAAUAGAGGGUGCUAGCGCACCUCAGCAUCCGCCACGAGCAGGGAACUCACCAGUGACUAACUCAGAGGCUAAAGGAAGAUAGAUCAGGUCACAUUUCGAUUUAUCCUUGCACUGAUUCUGGACCUGAGAGUCUUUGUCCGCUGUCGGCUGUCAGAGGCUUAUAGUUUCUCUUGACUGAGCAGUCCUGCUUCAAACACAACAUAAAGGUCUCAGGAGAACGGCCCUGCAGCCAACAGUUGGUUUUGGGAGGCUAAACUUGACAAUAAGCUGACUUUAUCUGACUUCUUUGACUUUUUGGUGAUGUCUCUACCUCGACGUUUGAGGUCUGAGCCUCAUUUCCAGCACGGAGAGCUGCACAGCUAACUAUGGGAACACAUAGUGGCACAUGGCAUGGUAAGACAGCGCUUGGCCAGAAAGAGCACACACCGGUGACAGGGGACCUCACGGUCAGUCAGGUCACCGUUCAUUUCUCAUGAUUUUUUCUCUUAACGGGAAAAAGGUGCUAGAAGAAACCACCUCUUACGCUGUACGGAGACGGUGCAGUCUUGAAUCCGAAUCGCGAAGUCGCUAGGUUUACUGUCGCGUUCGUCUGUCUUCUGUAUUGUCUCAGAGCUGAAAAUACGAUAUUAUCAAACUUGCUUUGUGAAAGAUAAGUUGCAUAUGUAGAUGUUUUUUAUGUCAGGUUGCCAAAUGAAAACAGUAAACCUAAGACUGAAGGCCUUUAGUGCUGUCGCCUUUGUUUUGUUGAGAAGAUAAUUAACAUUCCCAAUGUCCAUUAUCUCGUCCACACUGUCUGAAUCAGUGAAAACUUGACCACCUGCACCCGGGACACAUGGUGCUAAAGCAUGUUUUUCUUUAACACUCGAGGUUGCUGCACUGUUCCACAGGCUAAGCAAUGUUUAUAUCUCAUACUGUAACCAUUUUUUUCUAACACGGGAACCUUUGUAUACUUUGUAUCUUUAUUGUCAGCUUGUGAUUGUUUUCCCAAAGGCAUUGUGUGCUAACUGUAGCUCAGCUUCAGUGUCGCCAUCACGUGUUUGCAUCCAAAUAUCAUCGACUUCACCGAGAAAAGGAAACUAAACGCAUAGAAGUUUUAAUGCUAUUCAUACCACAGACUGACUGAAAGCUGACAUGACAAUCAUCCAAUCACAGCACGUCUGCAACGUGGACGACCGUGCAGCCAUCACAGAACACGUCUCCGUAUCCUGAAUGAUCAGCGCCGAACCAAAGAGUUCUAGCAUCAGUCUGUAAAGGUUGAGUGCUUCACACAUUCAUCCGGUGGCACAAAAUGACAAUAAAAUAUUGUGGGUUAUAUUUUUAA